UGAGAGACACGAACAACUCCUACAGUCUGUAGGAGUAUUUUCAACAUUGCUUUAAAUAUUUUUUCCCUGAAUAUUUUAGUCAAUAACAAAACUAUCGAAUUUCAUCCAGGGGUUCAGCAUGAUGAUAGCCACCGCGCUAACGUCCAAGCCUAGUUAUCUAGUUAGCUGGUAAUCUCAACCGCUCAUCAAACGCAGCGAGACCGGACUUGUUUUAAAGGCUGAGACUUGUUUGUAGGUGAUGGACCGUGUAACUAUGUUUCGGAGAAUCUACCCGAACUUAUCCGUGGUGACACGUGUUGUUAGCAAUGACUGUGAAGAGUUUAUGGUGAAGAGAGAGGUCACACACGAAGGUUUCCUGGUCCAAACAGAGCAUGAUGACAGAACCUUACCGUUUCGCAACCGCAAAGGCAGAGGCUCUCACAAGGGUCGGGCAUUUGACAGGCCCCGCAGAGACCGCCGGCGAGGGAACCAGUCGGGCGGGUUUGGAGGUCCUGGACCACGAGCCAGGCUGGAUGAUGGAGACGGGGAUGUGACAAUGAGUGACAACUCACAAGACAGCAGCUCCCAGAACAGAUUCAACCCAUAUGGAAGACCUUGGAGAGGAGAUGGGCGGUUUGACAGAGACAAGCGACAGGGCAAAGGAGGAGGUGGUAGAGGAGGGGGAGGUGGAGGAGGAACCAGAGGAGACCGGGGUGGAGGUGGUCUGAAGUCCCAAUCCAACUGGUUCAAAGUAACGAUACCACAUGGAAGAAAAUACGAUAAGAAAUGGUUGGUGACAGCUCUUCAGAACAUCUGUGCAGUUCCUUACUCACCUAUACAAUAUCACAGUGACCACAGCAGAGUUCAUUUCUACGUGGAGGAUUCUGCUGCUGCCAAUGCUUUACUGAAAUGUUCGCACAAGAUCACAGACUCAGAUGGAUAUAAGGUGGAAGUACACGUUAACCCAAGUAAUCCGCCAGCCUUCCUCCAGUCUGACCUGAAGCCCCAACACUUAGAACAUCUGAAACAAUGCAUGGCAAAACGUUUCGAUGGCUCCCAGCAAGCAUUGGACUUGAACAACAUUCGAAUGGACCCAGACUUGGUGUCCCAGAACAUUGAAGUCAUCUUGAACAGGAAGACAAACAUGGAAGCUGUCCUUAAGAUCAUUGAAGAAAACAUACCUGAGCUGACGUGUUUGAAUCUGAGUAACAACCGUAUUCACAAACUGGACGACCUCGCUGGUUUGGUUAACAAAGCACCCAAUCUCAAGGCCCUCAACCUGUCGCACAAUGAGCUGAAGACAGACCGGGAGCUGGAGAAAGUGAAAGACCUGAAGCUGGUGGAGCUGUGGCUGAACAGGAACCCUCUGUGUGAUCUCUUUAAGGACCAGGCUGCGUACAUCAGUGCUGUGCGGGAGAGGUUUCCCCGGCUUCUCAAACUGGAUGGUAAUGAUCUUCCUCCACCGAUUGGGUUUGAUGUUGAAACACCAACUACAAUCCCUCCCGCCAAGGGGAGCUACUUUGGCUCAGAUGAAAUCAAGGCGCUCAUCCUUCGCUUUUUGCAGCAGUACUACAGUAUAUAUGACUCGGGGGACAGACAGCCACUUCUGGAUGCUUAUCAUGAUGGUGCUUCUUUAUCUAUCACUACACCUUACUCCACACAGAACCCUUCCAGGAGCAGUCUGGGGGAGUAUUGUAAAGACAGUCGAAAUCUAAAGAGGAUCAAAGACUCUACGAUGAGGUUUCGGUUGCUCAAACACACUCGACUGAACGUUGUGGCAUUCAUCAACGAGCUUCCAAAAACACAGCAUGACAUUGCUUCCUUUACAGUAGAUGUGAACACCUACACAAACACACUACUAUCGUUCACAGUGAGUGGAGUCUUUAAAGAGGUUGUUGUUGAUGGAAAAUCCAGAGAGUCCACCAUGGCCUUCUCUCGGGUUUUCAUCACAGUCCCAGCAGGGAGUUCUGGUUUAUGCAUCGUCAACGAUCAGCUUUUCAUCCGAAUGGCUACAACAGAGGAGAUCCGCCGGGCCUUUGUGGCUCCAGCACCAACUCCAUCUUCCAGCCCCGUCCCAACCCUCACAGCGCCACAGCAAGAGAUGCUCACAGCCUUCUCUCUGAAGUCUGGCAUGAACCUGGAAUGGUCACAAAAGUGUCUGCAGGAUAAUGAGUGGGAUUUCAACCGAGCAGCACAGAUUUUCACACAGUUAAAGGCAGAAGGCAAGAUCCCAGAUGUGGCCUUCAUAAAAUGAAGAAUUCUGUAAAAUUCCUGUGAAAUAGAACCAGCUCUUUCUUUUUUUAUUUAUAGCUCAAGUUUUCUUGUAUUCUAGCCCUUAUUUUUCUAUUUACAAAAUUAGGUAAAGUUGACUUGUGUUAAUUGUUGUUUUAACAGCUACAUUGCAUUUUUUUUUUGACCUGAGGACUGAUACUGUUUGUGUCAUUGUACCAUCACAUAUUGCCUCCUUUUGUAUAGACACUAGUCAAUAUGUUAAGAAUAAAUGCAUUUGACAAAUGGUUUAAAGUUAUUAAUCUGGAUUUGUUGUUAUAUGUUGAACAAUAAAAUUAUAUUUUGGGAAAUGGA